AGCCCGAGCGCUGCCCGGCGGCGAGGCCGGAGUGCAUGUUGGGAGAGUCGGCUUGCAAGAGUCCGGAAUCUGACCCAGAGGACUUUUCCGAUGAAGCGAACGCAGAAAACCUCUACAGCACCUCGCCCCCAAGCACGCCACGGCAGAUGAAACGCCUGUCGACCAAGCACCAGAGGAACAGCGUAGGGAGGCCGGCCAGCCGGGCAAAUUUGAAAGAAAAAAUGAACACACCAAAUCAGUCUCCACAUAAAGAUGCGGGGAAGGGGGUGGAGCCCGUGGAAGAAUACAGCUACAAGCAGGAGAAGAAGAUCCGAGCCACUCUGCGGACAACAGAGCGAGACCAUAAGAAGAACGCACAGUGCUCCUUCAUGUUGGACUCGGUGGCCGGGUCUUUGCCAAAAAAAUCGAUUCCCGAUGUGGAUCUCAAUAAGCCUUACCUCAGCCUCGGCUGCAGCAACGCCAAGCUGCCGGUCUCCAUGCCCAUGCCUAUAGCCAGAACUGCCCGGCAGACUUCCCGGAGUGACUGCCCAGCGGAUCGCUUGAAGUUCUUUGAAACACUGCGCCUUUUGCUAAAGCUUACCUCAGUCUCGAAGAAGAAGGACAGGGAGCAGAGGGGACAGGAAAACACAGCUGCUUUCUGGUUCAACCGAUCGAACGAACUGAUCUGGUUAGAGCUCCAGGCCUGGCACGCAGGCCGCACCAUCAACGACCAGGACCUCUUUUUAUACACGGCUCGCCAAGCCAUCCCGGACAUUAUCAAUGAAAUCCUCACGUUCAAAGUUAAUUAUGGGAGCAUCGCCUUCCCUAGAAAUGGAGCUGGUUUCAACGGCACCUCCCGAGAAGGGCCGUGCAGAACCCCUCACGGGGGGAACAGUGCGGGCUGUUCCACGUACCACGAGCACCUCCAGCGCCAAAGGGUCUCGUUUGAGCAGGUGAAGCGGAUAAUGGAGCUGCUGGAGUACAUGGAAGCACUUUAUCCGUCGCUGCAGGCCCUGCAGAAGGACUAUGAACGAUACGCCGCGAAGGACUUUGAGGACAGGGUGCAGGCGCUCUGUCUGUGGCUGAACAUCACGAAAGACCUAAAUCAGAAGUUGAGGAUUAUGGGCACUGUUCUGGGAAUCAAGAACUUGUCAGACAUUGGCUGGCCAGUGUUUGAAAUCCCUUCCCCUCGGACAUCCAAGGGCCACGAGCCGGAAGACGAGGGUGAGGACACGGAGGGAGAGCUGAGAGAGCUGGAGAGCGGAGCAGAGGAGAGCGAUGGGGAGCGAACCCCCAGUCCGCCGAGGGUUCCAGAGCUCCGGCCGUCCACGGACAGCUUCUGGGACGCCCACUCACAGGACCGCACCGCCAGGAGACUGGAGAGGCUCGAGUCCGAGGAGGACUCUGUGGGCUGGGGAGCCGCGGACUGUGGCCCCGAAGCCGGCUCUCGUCGGCAUUGCCUGACUUCUAUUUAUAGACCGUUCGUGGACAAAGCGCUGAAGCAGAUGGGGCUCAGGAAGCUGAUCGCACGGCUUCACAAGCUGAUGCACGGCUCGCUGCAGAGGGCUCGCGUAGCCCUGCUCAGGAGCGACCACCCAGUGGAGUUCUCUGACUUUCCAGGUCCCAUGUGGGGCUCGGAUUACGUGCAGUUGUCGGGGACACCUCCCUCCUCAGGGCAGAAGUGCAGCCCUGUGUCCUGGGAAGAGCUGAGGGCCAUGGACCUGCCUUCCUUCGAACCCGCCUUCCUUGUGCUCUGCCGAGUCCUGCUGAACGUGAUCCACGAGUGUCUGAAGCUGCGGCUGGAGCAGAGGCCUGCUGGCGAGCCUUCCCUCCUGAGCAUCAAACAGCUAGUGCGGGAGUGUAAAGAGGUCCUGAAGGGGGGGCUGCUGAUGAAGCAGUACUACCAGUUCAUGCUGCAGGAGGUGCUGGACGGCCUGGAGAAGACCGACUGCAACAUGGACGCUUUUGAGGAGGACCUGCAGAAGAUGCUCCUGGUGUACUUUGAUUACAUGAGAAGCUGGAUCCAAAUGCUACAGCAGUUACCUCAGGCUUCCCAUAGCUUAAAGAAUCUGUUAGAAGAAGAAUGGAAUUUCACCAAAGAAAUAACUCAUUACAUCCGAGGAGGAGAAGCACAGGCCGGAAAGCUUUUCUGUGACAUUGCAGGGAUGCUGUUGAAGUCCACGGGGAGCUUCCUGGAGUCCGGCCUGCAGGAGAGCUGUGCAGAGCUGUGGACCAGCGCCGACGACAACGGAGCUGCCGACGAGCUGAGGAGAUCUGUCAUAGAGAUCAGCCGAGCACUCAAGGAGCUCUUCCACGAAGCCCGGGAGAGGGCCUCCAAGGCGCUGGGCUUUGCUAAGAUGCUGAGGAAGGACCUGGAAAUAGCAGCAGAGUUUGUCCUGUCUGCCUCGGUCCAAGAGCUCCUGGGUGUUCUGAAGGCAAAGCAGUAUGUUAAGGUACAGAUUCCCGGGUUAGAGAAUUUGCACGUCUUUGUCCCCGACAGCCUUGCUGAGGAGAAAAGAAUUAUUCUGCAGUUACUCAAUGCUGCCACAGGAAAGGACUGCUCAAAAGAUCCAGAUGAAGUCUUCAUUGAUGCCUUUCUGCUUCUGACUAAGCAUGAGGACCGAGCCCGGGACCCAGAAGAUGGCUGGGGCACCUGGGAAUCACGAACUGUCAAAAUCAUGCCUCAGGUGGAGACUGUCGAUACCCUGAGAAGCAUGCAGGUGGACAAUCUUCUACUGGUUGUCAUGGAGUCUGCUCAUCUCAUAAUUCAGAGAAAAGCCUUCCAGCAGUCCAUUGAGGGGCUGAUGACCCUUCGCCAUGAGCAGACGUCCAGUCAGCCGGUCAUCGCCAAAGCUUUGCAGCAGCUCAAGAAUGAUGCACUUGAGCUCUGCAACCGAGUGAGCGAUGCCAUUGACCGGGUGGACCACAUGUUCACGCUGGAGUUGGAUGCUGAGGUGGAGGAGUCGGAGUCUGUCACGCUGCAGCAGUACUACCGAGAAGCCAUGAUCCAGGGCUACAACUUUGGGUUCGAGUAUCAUAAAGAAGUUGUUCGUUUGAUGUCUGGAGAGUUCAGACAGAAGAUAGGAGAUAAAUAUAUAAGCUUUGCCCGGAAAUGGAUGAAUUAUGUCCUGACCAAAUGUGAGAGCGGCCGAGGCACGAGGCCCAGGUGGGCCACUCAAGGAUUUGAUUUCCUACAAGCCAUUGAACCUGCCUUUAUUUCAGCUUUACCGGAAGAUGACUUCCUGAGUUUGCAAGCCUUGAUGAACGAGUGCAUUGGCCACGUCAUAGGAAAGCCACACAGCCCCGUCACAGCUAUCCAUCGGAACAGCCCUCGUCCUGUGAAGGUGCCCCGAUGCCACAGUGACCCUCCCAACCCACACCUCAUCAUCCCAACCCCAGAGGGUUUCAGCACUCGGAGCGUGCCUUCCGACGCUCGGAACCACGGCAACUCUGUGGCUGCUGCUGUUGCUGCCGCCGCCGCCGCUGCCGCCACCACCACCGCCCCUGGCCGCCCUGGCCCAGGUGGUGGUGACUCUGCGCCGGCCAAACCCGCCAACACUGCCCCUGAAACCAGGGGCUCCAGCGUCCCUGAGAACGACCGCUUGGUGUCCAUAGCCGCAGAGCUUCAGUUCAGGUCUCUGAGUCGGCACUCGAGCCCCACGGAAGAGCGGGACGAGCCAGCGUAUCCCCGCAGUGACCUGAGUGGGUCAACACGGAGAAGCUGGGAACUUCGCACACUCAUCAGCCAGACCAAAGACUCCACCUCUAAGCAGGGGCCCAUAGAAGCGAUCCAGAAGUCAGUCCGGCUGUUUGAAGAGAGGCGGUAUCGAGAAAUGAGGAGAAAGAAUAUCAUUGGUCAAGUUUGCGAUACCCCGAAGUCCUACGACAACGUCAUGCAUGUCGGCUUGAGGAAGGUGACGUUCAAGUGGCAGAGAGGAAACAAAAUCGGAGAGGGACAGUACGGCAAAGUGUACACCUGCAUCAGCGUCGACACAGGGGAGCUCAUGGCCAUGAAGGAGAUUCGAUUUCAGCCGAAUGACCAUAAGACUAUCAAGGAGACCGCGGACGAACUGAAGAUAUUCGAAGGCAUCAAGCACCCCAACCUCGUUCGGUACUUCGGCGUGGAGCUUCACAGAGAAGAGAUGUACAUCUUCAUGGAGUACUGUGACGAGGGCACCUUAGAGGAAGUGUCGAGGCUCGGGCUUCAGGAGCAUGUCAUCAGGCUGUAUUCCAAGCAGAUCACAGUCGCCAUCAACGUCCUCCACGAGCAUGGCAUCGUUCACCGAGACAUCAAAGGUGCCAAUAUCUUCCUUACGUCAUCCGGACUCAUCAAACUGGGAGAUUUUGGAUGCUCAGUAAAGCUUAAAAACAACACGCAGACCAUGCCUGGAGAGGUGAACAGCACCUUGGGGACAGCAGCUUACAUGGCACCUGAAGUUAUUACCCGGGCAAAAGGAGAAGGCCAUGGACGUGCAGCAGAUAUCUGGAGUCUGGGGUGUGUCGUCAUAGAGAUGGUGACUGGCAAGCGGCCUUGGCAUGAGUAUGAACACAACUUUCAGAUUAUGUACAAAGUGGGAAUGGGACACAAACCACCGAUCCCUGAAAGGCUAAGCCCUGAAGGAAAGGACUUCCUCUCGCACUGCCUGGAAAGUGACCCAAAGAUGAGAUGGACAGCCAGCCAGCUCCUCGACCACGCUUUUGUCAAGGUUUGCACCGACGAAGAGUGACGCUCACCAGCCCGUGGCCUGGCAAUGUGCGGACAGAGUCCCCCGGUCACGACCGUAUGUAAUAUUUACAUGAAGACUGCCGAGCGAGCUAGCGAGCGAGCGAGCGCAGCCUCCUUAGCCUCCGAGAGAGACCGAAGCCCGCCCAGGUGACCGACCGCCUCACUGCUGCUGCUCCUGUCUGUCGUCCGGGACACAGGACCCUCGAGGGACAGUGCCGAGGAGACUAACGAAGCUGCGUGUCAAGUGCCAUUACUACUGUACACGGACCGUCGCCCCCGUCCCUCACGGGACCGAGAACCACGACAUCGGUGUCGUGUCUUGGAGCUUCUGGGGUUCAGGAGAACAUGUGGUGUUGUCAGGUGUCCAGGACCUCGUUUGAAUCUCCCGUUUGUUGAGUGCUCUCUCUGACUGUGAAACCUCCUUGUCGACAAGCUGCAGCUUUGGUAUUCAAAGGCUCGUGAGUGAGACUGAAGAAAAGGCUCUUUUUCAAUAAAUGGUUUAUUUUAGGAAAGCUAA